AGAUACCACUUUGCCAUAUUUGAUUAAUUUUCCAUUGGUUCCACAGGCUACAUAUGUGAAGUUCUGUGCUUUUCUUGCAUCAUUUUUUGUUUUUCAGGGCCAUCACAUGUGCAUAACACUAAUAUUCCCAACUUUCUCAUACAACAGUGUGUAGAAAUUAAUGAAAGAUUGUAGGGCAGGAGGCACCUAGAAGUGUCCGGUUAAGUGUGUGGAUGCUGUGAGAGGAAAGUCAGAGGAAGAGACAUAUAAUAAAAGCCUCAAGCAUCCCGAUGAACACUCAAAGUGAUAUGACUGGGUCGAACGAGUUUAAGCUAAACCAGGCACCUGAAGAUGGGAUUUCUGCUGUCAAGUUCAGUCCAAACACCUCACAGUUUUUGUUGGUCUCCUCCUGGGACUCGUCUGUGCGUCUGUAUGAUGUGCCUGCAAACACACUGAGGCUUAAAUACCAGCACGCAGGGCCGGUCCUGGACUGUGCUUUUUAUGAUCCAACCCAUGCCUGGAGUGGAGGAUUGGACCACCAAUUAAAAAUGCAUGAUUUAAACACAGAUGGAGAGUCUGUGGUUGGCAGCCAUGAUGCUCCCAUUCGAUGUGUGGAAUACUGCCCAGAGGUGAAUGUAAUUGUGACUGGGAGCUGGGAUCAAACAGUGAAGCUAUGGGACCCAAGGACUCCAUGCAAUGCAGGAACCUUCUCACAGCCAGAUAAGGUAUAUACCCUGUCUGUGUCAGGGGACAGAUUGAUUGUGGGCACUGCUGGUCGAAGGGUGCUGGUGUGGGAUCUUCGAAAUAUGGGCUAUGUGCAGCAAAGGCGAGAAUCCAGCCUUAAGUACCAAACACGAUGCAUCAGGGCGUUCCCAAACAAACAGGGAUAUGUACUGAGCUCCAUUGAAGGCAGAGUUGCUGUCGAAUACUUGGAUCCAAGUUUGGAAGUCCAGAAGAAGAAAUAUGCUUUCAAGUGUCACCGCCUAAAAGAGAACAACAUUGAGCAAAUUUACCCAGUCAAUGCUGUGUCUUUCCACAAUUUGCACAACACCUUUGCCACAGGAGGCUCUGAUGGUUUUGUCAACAUCUGGGAUCCCUUUAACAAAAAGCGCCUGUGCCAGUUCCAUCGCUAUCCCACAAGCAUUGCCUCCCUGGCCUUCAGCAACGACGGCAGCACUCUGGCAAUCGCUGCCUCCUACAUGUAUGAAAUGGAUGACAUUGAUCACCCCGAAGAUGCUAUCUACAUACGGCAAGUGACAGACGCAGAGACAAAGCCCAAGUGAGGCAGCUUCCCCUGCCUCUCCUCCCCCAGCUCUGAGAUUUUAUUAAUUUUCCCUUGGCUCAUGAAUAGUGUUAUUGAUGUCAAGGGGAGAUAACCGUGGCUGACUGUAGGGCUGGGGGAGAUUUUAUCGCACCCUCCAAGCUUUCAAUAUCCGUCAGUUGAUAGACGUCUGACAGAUAAAAUUAUGCUCAGUUGUUUUAUACAGGAGCGCGUCGACCUCUUCUGCAUUUUCGCCCUUCAUUAUCUUCAUUAUUCACCUGGAGAACUCCUUGCUGUUGGCUUGCCUUUUUAUAAUGCAGUUGCGGAAUUGACUGUCAUUUGCCAUCUCACCUCCUUAUUCGGGGAGUUAUUACUCCAUUCCCGCCGUUGCAUUUACAUGUACAUAAUGCAGGGAUUGGAAACUUCCGCAGGCAUCUGGGUGCUAAUAAAUAUUGCUUUUCAGUAAAUUUCCUGUUUGGAAUGCUACUAAAAGCUUAGGCUGAACUUUGCUCCUUUAAUUACACACACAAAAUGCUGUCCUCCCUAUCAUUAUUGGUCCAACCUGCUCUAUACACUAUAUACUACAUAUUUAGGGGCCUAAUAGUUUUAUUAGAUGACAGAGAAGCCUAUAAAGCCAUUGUCUAUUCUAGGUAAGGGAAUUCAUUUGAGGGCCAUGUCUAUCCUUCAGGAAUUCCUUAGCCCCUAUUAUUUAUACUUCAUUUUGGUUCAGGUUACAGGUUGCCUUUUGUUUUUUGUUAUUUCUAACACUAAACAACAAAAAAAAAGUAACCAGAGCUGGACCAUGAAGUUACAGUAAGUCCAAUGAGAAACCUUCUGAUAAUGAGCUCCUCAAAGGCAGCUGUGUAGAGAAGGGAGGGGUUUGAUUAAAGGGGAAGGAGCUCUGAACAAAUUGUCCUGUUUAUAAUGGGAGGGGGGUGUUGAUCAAAUUAGUGCUUUAGCAUGGCAACAAAAUUGGAAAAUAUGGAUUUUUUUCAAUUAAAAGAAUAGGCAGAAUGCAACACAAGUCCUAUGUACUGGGCUGAUUUUUAGCAAAGGUUGGUUUUAGGUGGGUAGUGUCACUUUAAGGAGCUGAGAAGCCUCUAUAGCCUCAUUGUCACCGCUAUGGAUUUUGCCGAUUUCUAUGCAAAGAAAUGAAAUCCGUUUUAUAUGAAUUCACAAGUUGCAUUCUCUCAACUUUUCAGCCACAGUAAAUUUCUUUAUAAAUGUUUUUUUGUGUUUGGAAUGAACCUUUUCUAUGGUCUUUGUCUUAAACGUUGUCCUGUUUGUCGUCUGUCCGGGGGGAACACUGCAAGUCUGUUCAUAUAGAUUUUGGCCUUUGACCAGAGAUUUGUAAUAAAACAUCUGUAAAUACC